UGAAUAGCGUGUGAUUCACCUAAAUUUAAAUUUGUCAAAAUUUGAAGCUUGCAAUUAUUGAUGUAAGUUGAUUAGCAUAAGAGGUAAUACAGCAUACGUUAAUCAUACCUAUUUUGAAACUAGCUAAAGGUUUUGAUACGGAAGAUGUUAUCCACUCUUCAUUCAAGCGCUCAAACAAAAAUACAAUUUAAAAGGACAUGACUGGCAAUCACUAGCCUGCGCCUGCGUACUUUUAAAUGUAAAACUUAAUAACUUUUAGUAUUAGUAGUAAUCUCAGCAAGACGUGUAGUCCUAGUUACUAAUCUUGGGCACAUCUUAACUAGGCCUAUAGCCUAUAUGUAAUUAUAUAGCCUACCAUAUAGCAAAUGAAUGAAGACCACUCUUGUAUAUUGUAUAGCCAUGGCCAUGUCAAAAUGAUUAUGAUUAAGGCGCAAGGGGCCGUCCAAAGUACGUGGUGCUUGGGGGGGGGGGGGGUGUUAAAAAUUUUUGUUAUUUUUUUAUCAUAUGAAUAAACCCUUAAAGGAACAUUGAACUUUGUGAUGGAUUUAUUCUGACAGAAGGUGUCACCUUUAUAAAUUUAAUAGUCAAGUGCAUUUGAUCUUAAAUUUUAAUUAGAAUAAAUUAGAUAGAUUAAAAAAAUUGUAAACAAUAAUUUUUAGUUAAAAGUAUGACAUACUUUGUUAAUUAGUUGGGUGGGGGAGGGGGGGGGCAUUCACCAUAAAUGACUCCACUCAUCUAGGGAGGAUGGUACUCCACAAGAGGGGAGCAGUUAAGUAAUAGAAAAGCGAAACAUUAUUCAUUAUUGAAAAAUAUAACUCACAAUUUUUAACAGAUAUUGUUACCAUUAUUCUUGCAUACAACAAUUAUAAUUAUAAAUGUUUAAAAAUUUUCAAACUACGAUCACCGCUAUUACCAAGAGAAUCAGUACAGAUAUGCAAUGUCCGAAAAUGGCUGUGAUCAAGUUACAUGACACCAUGGAGGAGGAGAUUCGGUGUGUAGCAACAUUCAUAGGGAAGAGAAUUUAUAUAAAAUUUGGAUACAGGUGUCAAUCAUAAAAUUAAGGCUACACAUAAAGUUGGAUUGAAAAAAAAAAAUUGUUGACGGCUGUGGUGGUGAUGGUGAAGGGGAAUGAUCUAUGCAAAUAUUCUAGGGCAGGGACUAUUAACUUUUUUGCAGCGCUACAUCACCUCUUUAUUUCAAAACAUUUCAUGCAACCCCUACCCCCUGGAUAAAAUAAAUUGUAAUAUUAUUGUAAAUACGAAAGUAAUAAAAUAAUUUAGUUAUUGUAGUUUUAUUUAUUUAUUUAUCAAAAUUUGCUUGAAGCCAUUUAUGGAUGGCCCCUAAACACUAUCCCGUACAAUCUAUCAAUUCUGUACUUAAGAAGAGAUGCGCCAGUGGUGAUGCCUGACCCACCCCUCUAGUUACCCAGGGGUCGACUCCUGGGAAAAGUGAGGGAAUGCACCCAAGUUCGAUUAGAAAAAAAUUAUUUUUAGAAAAUGUGAAAUUUCAAUUGACUCUGGUACAUAACAGUCAGCAGUAAUUUGGCCAUUGGGCGCUACCAUAAAAUAACAAUAUUGGCUGUUUAGUAAGUACCUAUUCAAUGACCUAGGAUAAUUUUGACAUUUGGGAAGUGUGCAUGUUCAAAGAAUAGAUGGGGCCAUUCAAAGAAAACGUUGCAAGGGGAUUUGAUGACAAUGGGAAUAGGAAGGGUAUUUUUUUUUUGUUGGGAUCAGGGUUAAGUGGGUGAAGUUGGUUAUAAAUUUGUAUGCUUAUAUAUAAGAGUGAUGAAAUUUGUUGUUAAGCAAGAUUCUGUAUUAAAAUCUCAGUAUUUUGUCUCAUGUUAUUUCAGUGAUGAAUCAAAUAGAUCAUGACUCACUGAAUAAGACAUCUAUUUUCUGGGUUCAUUGGCAGUACAAGGCAAUUAAUUGUGACUCACUGAAUAAGACGUCCAUUUUCUGGGUUCAUUAUCAGUACACAACAUAUUGUGAGAAAUGUGAUUUGUAGGAUUUUUUUUCCAUUGUUCUUUUUUAAAUAUGAAUUGUAAUUAAUGCAUAAUUGUCAUUCUCAGCUUCCCAGCCUAAAUUAAAUAAGGAUUAUCUGAAUUUAUGGUAGUUCUCCAACAAUAAAGAUAUCACGUCAACAAUGACUGAGCCAGGUAAGCCUCAUCUUCGACUCCUGACAUACCUGUGUCCAGAUCUUCCCCUGAGCUUUUUUUCACUUGUUCGUGACGUGUUGGAAGAAGCCACCCACAUUGAGACUGAAAUCAUUGUUGAGGAUCGCUUCACAGGACCUCAAGUAGAUCGGGCUAAUCCGUUCACAGACAACCGUGCAGACAUUGGUAAUUGUUCAAUAUUAAAAUAGUUAACAAACUGACAACUUUUCUAAGCCUCCAUCAAAUAUUCGUUCGCCUAUUUGAAAUGGAUUGAGUCUUAUAGUAGAUCCAUUUUGAAUAGGAAAACAUGAGAACCGCUAUUAUAAAAAGGCAUUAAAUUAACUUAAGUUAUACAAUCAAUACACAUUUUCUUAGCCAAAAAAAAUUACCUGAAACAAUGUAAAAGUUAUAACAUAGAUUUAUAUAUCCUUCUUUGAAAAAGUCUGAAAGGCACAGAUCAAUUUUUAAAGCAGUACAAAAAUGUGUCUCAAAGUUAAUUACAGCAUAAAAGAACUCAAAAGAAGCUAUUCAAAUUUUUUGAGAAUUAUUAACUUUAAUUUAAAUUUUAUAUGCUUCAAAUUUUACUACUUCUUGAAAAGAACAGAAAGUAAAUAAACUUUCAAACAUGUUGUCAAGGUCAUGAAAUCAUGAGGUAGUGUGUGUGUGAUGAUUUGAGGACGAAUGCGGAUUGUGAGGAGAAUAAUUAUUAUGUCACGGGGGAGUACGUUCACAGAGGUUAGACGAGAGAUAGGACUCGCUACAGUGAGACGUCUUUUUUUGGAGAUAGUGGAUUUUUGUCAGGAUAUGUUUGCUGAUUGGAAUAUUGCCAUAUAAUUUUUGGAUUCAUGUUCACUAAACUGUGAGACAGAUUAAUCUAGUACUGCUGUCAUCAAAAUAAAUGUCUUAUGUACCUUGAAGCGUAUUGUUUUGAUGAAUCAACCUAGUCUGUUGUGUGACAAGAUUUACAAGAUAUGUAAACAAAAAGCGAGAAUCAUAAACCUAGACAACGAGCCAAAUAUUCAACCACUAGAAUAUUUGACACAUGUCUUUGGUAAGAUAUCAUAAUAUUAAUUUGAAUUGUGGGUAAAAUGUUUGUAUUGGCAGCUGAUUAUUAGAAACUGCACACCUCGUAUUUUCUAAAUAUUCAGGGGUAGUUAUUUACUUUCCCACUUGAUGUUGCAAAAUUUUAUCUUCUUAGAAUUAAGUGAUGCCUUAUAUUAUAAAUAAUUUGUUUACAGUUGAUAUGAGGUGAGGGAUUAUUUGUUAAUGUCUUUGGUGUGACAUUUGUAGAUGUCUUUGGUGUGACAUUGGUAGAUGUCUUUUGUGUGACAUUGGUAGAUGCCAGUGGUUUGACAUUUGUAGAUGUCUUUGGUUUGGCAUUUGUAGAUGUCUUUGGUUUGGCAUUUGUAGAUGCCAGUGGUUUCACAUUUGCCGAUGCCUUUGGUUACACCUGCUGCAUUGCUUUUUCAUCAUAUACUGGCAUGCAAUGAUUUAAAUUAAUCAGGGCUUGAUUCUUCUGUGUGAUAAGUUAUAAUAUCUUUUUCUUAACAUCAAAGAAAAGAUAAAUUAUGUCAAUAUAUUUGGUUUUGCUGAUUGCUAAAGGAAUAGCUUUGAAAGUAGGGCAGUUUCAGUUGAUUUUAACUUCUUACUUAAAAUGAAUAUUAUAAUUGCAUUGGCUCUGGUGUGCCAUUUAUAAUGGGCCAAAGCCUGUAGGCCACUUGUUGGACUGCUCUUGAGCAUAAUACUAAGUACUAAGUCUUGGCAUAUCCUCAAAGCCUUUUGGCCGCUUGUUGGACCUCACUGCUCUUGAGCAUAAUACUAAGUCUUAGCAUAUCCUAUACAGUUGUUUCAUUUGAUCUAUUCAAAGUGGUUGUCAAACUGUUAACAUUUAUGCCAAUGCUGAGUAGUUAAUAGAUCCAAAUUGUUUGUGAACCUUUUCCUACAUAAAGCAUUCAGUAGUGUAUCGAAAAGUGACUAUAAAAAAAUGUAACAUUAUUUCAGUGCAUAUUUUCAUUUUCCAGUUGCGGUACACAGUACAGAUUUUUUACGUCUGGUGGCUGAAAACCAAGCUGACAUGGAGCUUUGUCCAGCCGCACCUGUUUUCAAACAUUCGCUAAAUAAGGACAAGGCAGUCUAUUUUUCUGAAAUAAUAAUUCAUGCAUCCAACAAGUAAUUCUUCAAUUGUUACACACAAAAUUAUUCAUGCAUCCAUUCAUGUUACUUAGAGCCAUGUUUAGAUUGACCUUGGUUAUAUUUAAUUAUAUUCUUGUAUAUAUUAUUUAAUGAUUACAACAUAAGUUGAUUUUUUAAUGAUUUUGUUUUCAAACUACUUUGAGGAUUUUCUUCCUAAAAUGUAUCUUCAAAAGUUGUAUGUCCAAAUUAGGCUUUAAAACUUGUGUGUAAACAUCUUUUAUUCCAGAGAAAAGUACAAGACAAUAGCGGAUCUUAAGGGUUGUAGCUGGGCAUACAACAAUCCUUUAUCACUUAGUGGAAAUGUUGUUAUUUUGGACUAUUUAAAAAAAAAAUUAAAAACAAAUGCCACAUUUUUUGGAAAUAUUGUAGAAUCUGGUGAGUUUAAAAAAACAUAAUUAUUUUUAGUUUGUACAUGCCAUUGUUUCAUAUUGAUACCAGGCACUGUCCCCAGUUUGAUUGUGUAGAGAAGGGUUGUCUUUCCAUGUUAAGUGAGUAGGUGGCACUGGAUGGUUCACCUUAGCUAAGCCCUCACAUUGUCCUAUUUGUUACAAUGCAGGCCAUUUUUAGAUAAUUAGUUACAGUGCAGGCAAUUAUCAGAUGUGUCUUUCAGUGUAUUUUUAUUUUCACUUUUUGAACAUUUAAUUUCCAAGGUUCACAUCUUGCCUCCAUCAAUAUGGUAAAAGAACAUCGAGUUAUUGCAUCAGGGGUGGAUUCCAUAGUUUUGGCCGAAUAUCUACGUGACCACCCAGAAGAUACAAAGAACGUGACACGGAUUGCAUCACUCGGACCUCUACCAGUUUUCCCCCUGCUCUUCAACUCUAAACUUUCAGGUUUGAGAAAUUUUUAAAUUUUAAUUGUAUCCCAAGGUUUGAUUUCAAGUUCAGAAAUACCUUACUAAAAAGUACCUUUCUUUGGCGGAGGGGAAAGCAAAUAUGUAUAUUAUUUUUCUUGAAGAGAUUUAGGAACUUGCAUGAUUUAAUGCGGGAAACUUCCCCUUCAGAUCUUCCUUGUCCUAAAAUACUCAUGUUCCUGAGCCCCUGGUCCUAAAAUACCCAUGUCCCUGGGCUCCUAGGGAAAAUUUCUACAGGCGCACAAGCAAAAAAAAUUAAUGAUUAUAAAAUGAUAUACCGUAAAUGUUAUUUAUUUCAAUAUCAAUUUGUCUGUUUGUAUAAAACCAGGGAUAGACCUUGUUUUCUUUAUUUCCCAAAGCACACAUUCUAUCAUUAGAACUAUUUGAAGUCCAUUGCAGGUCAAUAUGCUUGAUUUUAUUGUAAUUCCUUUUGAGAAUACGAUAAAAAUUAUUUGAAUCGUUUAUUAUCAACCUGCUUUUGUUUUAUUCCUUGAGAAUAGCAGUUUUUGCAUUUUCAUCAUCAUUAUAUAUCAAAAAACAUUACUGAAACAAAAGGAAAACAAUGCAGCCAUGGGCGUGGCCAUUACUUUGACCUUUCAUAAGUCACAUGGUAAACUCUAAACACAAUAUUUUCAACACAUUUUUAUAUAUGUAAUGACGUUCAUAGUUAAAGUAUAGGAAACCCAAAUAUUGAAGAGGUGGGGUAUAGAUUUUUAAACACACAGACUGAUGAAGCAGGAUCUCAGGUUCAAAGAGUUAAACAUCCCCAAAGAGCUUCAUGUUAAUGUUAUUAUAAAUUGCACACAGUUUUUGUUGUGGUUAAUCUGUCUAUGAAGCUCCAUUUAAUUGUGUCUUGAUCCAGCUAAGGAACAUUUAAGUUAAGCUCAGUUUCAUGCAAUUUAUAAAAUUAAAAAGUCCAUUGAAAGAGUGUAAACUGCCACCACAGUUGCAGACAAUAUUUGUAAACAUGUGAGUUCAAAGUUGAUUUAUUUUCAGAUAAAGUGAAGCAUGAAAUAGUAAAUGCUCUUCUGACUAUGGAAACUAAACCUUUGUGGGCCUCAAGAUUGCAGGAUGUUGGUGUUGUCAAAUUUAUCUCUGUCACCCUUGACCUAUUCAACAUGGAAAAGGCUUUCACUGACAGUGUAUCUGGGAUGAGCAUAAAUGAGGCAUACUAUUAAUACUCAAGUGCUGUUUUCAUUUAUUUUUCUACUUGUCAUAAAUAUUUUUUGUCGUCUGGAUUAUUUACACUGGAAUGAAGUAAUAAAUGUUGACCCCUUAAAUACCCAAGACCUUCUGGGAAGUCAUGUUGAAUUUCCCCUAGAUGUUACAUGCACAUCACAAAAAAUAUAAAUACAGUAGAAUGUGGAUUAUUGUAACAAAUUGGGAUACGUGGUGGUUUGGAUGACAUAUUUUGUUGUUGAAAACACAACACCCCCCCUCAAAUAAGUUAUUGGUGCAUUAUCGUAGUGUAUUAUACACAGUGAUCAUAAACUGAGUAUCAAGGUCAACUGAAUGAUGUAAAAAAACCGGGGUCAUUUUGGCAACCAAAAGGCCAUUUCCAAAAUGAGAUGCCUGGCGCUUAGAAAAAAAUCCAAAACUCUUUGUCUUGCCAGGCGUGUAUUCUGCAAUAUGUAUUAAUAAAAAAGUUUGGAGAUGCAUUGUCCUAGAUGUGACACUGCAUGUAUAUUAUAUAUGUAGAUUUUUACCUGGAUUGUGCGACAACGGUCAGAAUGGUUUUCCCAUGUUUCAAUUUUUAAUUUUUUUUGCGCCAAUACUCCAUGCAGUGCUUCAGACUUAAAACUUAACUUUUCUUGACCUUGAUUAGUGUAUUCCAAAGUUUUAGUCUAUGCUGAAUUUUAUUAUCAGCUUUGAAAAACUUAACUCUAAAAUUGUAAAAAAGUAUUGGACCCCUUACACUAACUGUACUCCGAAUUUAAAAUAAUUUUUUUUUUAAUGCCAACUUUUGUUAAUUAUGGGAUUAAACAAAUUUCUCCAACUGCUCUUAAAGGAUGCCUAACUUGAUUUAAUAAUCUCCCUUUACAAAGCUUAUCUCCCUUUUCAAAGCUUAUAAAUCAAGUUUGCUGUUUUUAUAAACUAAGUAAACAUACAAUUUAAUUGUGCUGCUAUCAAAGUAAUAUUUAAUCACAUUGAAAACGACCAAACCUUAUGCUGAAUAAUUCAAAUAUGAAUCUUUCAAGCACUAUUUCUUUAAAGAAAAAAAGAGGAAUUACAUUUAAGUUAUAUCCCCCAAAAAAUGUAAGUUAGUUCAAAAAAUUGUUUUCUUUGGUUUUUUUAAUUUAGGCAUUCGUAAAACUUUUUUUUUCUUUUGUCUUUUAAAUAAUGUUAUUCUUUAUACCUCCUGCUUUGUAAAUCAAGAACCAAUUGUUUCCUUUUUACAUUGCAUCAUCCCUCAAUAUGCUGUUUUCAUUUUUAAUUAAAUAAAAAUGAAUUCUGUUCUUUUUUAAAAAGGUGAUAAUGCAUAAAAAUUUACUUACCGAAUGUGUUAUGCCUUGGAAGACUCAGGGGCGUUUCAUUAUAACUAUGUCAUUACAAAUAUAUUUUUAUAAGCAAUUUAUAAACAGACUGCUUAUCUCAUGUUGUGAUAACAUCACAUAUAUUUACUCACAUAUAAAUCGUAUCAAUGAAUUUGUAUAGCAAUCACUAUUCAUGUCAAGACAGGUUAUUACAUUCUCCAAUUAAUUUCCUUUUUGAAAUAAAGAUUUUUAGCUUAUUUUGAAAAUUAAGAAAGAUUUAGCAUUUUGAAUUACCUUAUUUUUCUGGAAUAAUUGUAAACAUUGAAAGUAACUUAGUAUUUUAAAUCAUUCUGACUGCAGACUUCAUUUUAAGAAUCUCAUCACAAUUAGUCAAAUUUUUUAAUUCAGAAAUGGCAUUUAACUUGGAGCAAUGUAAAAAGAGACAUGUUUUUUAUCAUUCUUAUCACAAAUAUUUGUGAUUUAGCUUAACAAUCACCUAAUUUCGUUUUUAUAAAAUUUUCUCUGCUCAAAUCCAUCAACUGUUCAAUUCAAUGCAUCUAUAGACUGCUAUUUUUUUUGCAAUUGUUUUUUUGGUUUUAUUACAAAAUGCAGCAAAUAAAAAUUAAAAGUUGUAAUUUUUUAUUUCUUUUAAACAAAUUGACCAUUUUAACACAACCUGUUAUAUUUUGGUAUUUUGAUUAAAUAAUUUUGAUAUUCAACCAGUUUUAUGUUCAGUUUAAAACUUAUUUACUUUGCAAUAUCAUAGUUACAUAAUAAUAUAUUAGACUUGAAAAAUUGUGUUGUUUUUUUAAAUUGGGUAAAAAAAUGAAAAAAGCAUUAUUUAAUUAUGUUUUAGGCUUACAGAACGAACCACUUACAACCAUCAUGUGAAAUAAGAUCUGGAUGAUAGGAAUACAUUGCUUGACUGAUUGAUUGACUAAUUAAAUCCUUUUUAGUUUAGAUAGCAAUAUUUAUAAUCAGGUUUCUAUCAUGGUAAUUACCCAAAUACGCACAAUAUUUUAAAUUACUUUUUAUUUCUUUCUUUGUGUUUCAUCAACACAUGACAAGAAUAUUUUACAACUAAACACUUGAGAGCAGGUGUAUUAUAUUAUAUUUAUAUGGAAAUGAAUUAACAUGUUUAAAUACUGUACAUGCAUGUACAAUUAACAAUAAAUAUCUUA